AUGUUAAAAAUAUUUAGAAACCUUUCACUAAUAUCAAAGGAUGAAUUUGACUAUUCUCUUUACUAAUGUACCUCAAGUGAAAAUGGGGAUGUUCCAAAACCAAAAUACAUGAAAGUACUUUUGAUUCUUAUCUAGCCUAUCAUCGAAUGCUUAAAAGGUUAAGAUCAAAAGAUUUUACCUUUAGAUGCAUUUAAUAAAUUCUACGAUAUCUUAUGCCAAAUCCAAUACAACAAAUGGAUAAGUGCCUUGAAAAUUGGCUAUGUCUUGCAUUACUGCUUAGAAAAAUAAUGUAACAUCUUUGUUGAUGCUGUCUGCAACAAUCAUCUCUAUGAUAAAAUCAAAAAUAAGUAAUAAAAGAAGCCGGAAGAUCCGAUUGCAUAGUUGCACAUCAAUAUCGUUUAAAACCUCUAUUCAUACCUUUAAAUCAGAUAUGAGAAUUAUCUGUUUUUCCUAAAUGCUCUUUCUGAUUUUGAAGAAAAAGAAGAAUAUCAAAAAACCUUUAUCAUCCACAAAAUCGUGUCUACCAUUCAGGUCUUAGUCAAAAUCUACAAAGAUUUAGAUAUUUCUUUAACAAAAUUUCAAAACAUAGAUGUUACUAAAUAUGUCUGUGUACAACUCCUAAAUGAUCUUUAUUUCUUCUAUCCUAAAGUGCAAGUUUACUUACAAUCUCACAUCAAUCAAAUGCUGUAAAUGGAAAGCGAACAUUCAAUGAAAUUAUAUCAAGUCUAUACUGAAACUCUUAGAUUGGGAAGAAGUGUAACACAAAUGUUAAAAUUGUGUAAUGAAGUUACUGCAAUCCAAAUCUUCCCCCAACUUACAUUGUUUACUGUUGAAUAAAAUAUUAAUCGUCAAAUUGAGUUACACUUUAAAGAAUAGAAAAGGCAACCCAGCCCGAUUAAAUUUGAUAUAAUUAAAUUUGAUGAUGAAAAUCUCUUUGAAUAAUGCAAAGACGACCAAAUCCCUACUCCUAAAGUUCUUCAACAAUUCUAAAAAAUGGUAACCUAACUAACAGAAUUCCAGGAACCUGAGCCAGAUUAAAUUGAAUUUCGAAUCUCUCAAAAACCAAAAACUGAAAGAUAAUUACAACAAUUCAAAGUCAAAAAAUCAGAAUCUAAUGAACAAUCUAUGGUACAAUCUAUCAUUUCAACCUCAGAUAAUGGUUCUAGCAUAAGGAACAUUUAAUUCAGCCAUCAAAAUAGCUUUAGAAAUGAAUUUUUCACUCAAUCUGAAAGUCCAUUAAAUUUCAUUGAUUUUUCUCAUUAGUAAUAUCAUCAAUCAAAAAAGAAACAAUGA